CAUGUAAACAUAUCCCAAGUCAACUCCAAUCAUUUUCAACAGUUAUUAGUUAAAAAUGGAUAUUGUGGAAUUAAAAGAUGAAAAAACAGUGCCAGAUAUUAUUCAUGUUUAUUCUGAAAGAAUAAAAAAAGAAUCAACUCCACUGGUUAUAGAUAAUGGAUCGUAUAAUUGUAGAGUUGGUUGGGCAACUGAGAAAGAACCUCAAUUGAUCUUCAAAAAUCUUAUUGCUAAACCAAGGAAAGAAAGAGGUAAAAAAGAUGGUGAAGUUCAAGUUGGAAAUGAUAUCACAAAUAUUGAAUCUGUAAGAUUCCAGUUAAAGACACAAUUCGAUCGUAAUGUUGUAACACAUUUCGAAGCUCAAGAACAAAUAUUUGAUUAUACAUUUACUCACAUGGGAAUUGAUACAGAAGGUUCAGUAAAUCAUCCAAUCAUUAUUACAGAAGCAUUUUUGAAUCCUAAUUAUUCAAGAAAUCUCAUGGCAGAACUUCUGUUUGAAUGCUACAAUGUUCCAUCAAUAGCUUACGGAGUGGAUUGCCUUUUUUCUUAUCAGCAUAACAAUUGUCCACCUGAUGGACUUAUCAUUAGUAUUGGAUAUCACACAACACAUAUAAUUCCUAUACUUGAUGGAAGAGCUGAUGCUGCAAAUUCUAGGAGAAUAAAUAUUGGUGGAUACCAUAUAACUUCGUACAUGCACAGACUUUUACAAUUAAAAUAUCCCGUUCAUGUAAAUGCAAUCACUCCUAGCAGAGCUGAAGAAUUAAUUCAUGAGCAUUCCACGAUAGCUCUUGAUUAUCAAGACGAAAUAAAAAAAUGGACUGAUCCAGAUCAUUACGAUGCCAAUGUAUUGCGAAUCCAACUGCCUUAUAUAGCACCAACAACCACUCCGGGUUUAACAUUAGAACAGCAAAAAGAAAGGAAACGUGAACUGGCACGUCGCUUAAUGGAAAUUAAUGCCAGAAAACGAGAGGAGCGAUUGGCAGAAGAUGAAGAGCAACUUAAUCAGCUUCUUGCAGUUCGAGAUUUAAUAGAUGAAGGAGAGCCCGAAGAAUUUCAACGGGCACUUAAAUCCUUUAGUCUAUCUAAUGAGACUGAAUUAACGAAGAUGAUAAAUAAUUUGCAGACAAAAGUAGAGAAAACUAGACAAAAAAUUGUUGCUGCUAAUUCUCAAGAGGAUAAUGUAGGAAUAGAGGAAACGAAAUCAAAGAUUAAAACUACUUUACAACCUAAAGACCAAGCAGAUUUUGAUGAGUGGAUUGCUGGAAUCCGGAAAAAAAGACAAGAAAUUUUGGACAAAAGAUCAGCCAAACGACAACGUAGACAGGAUAUGGCUAAGCGUAGAACAGUAGCAGCACAAGAAAGGAUGCGAAUUAUUAGCCAAUUAGCAAAAAAAGAGAAAAGGGAUGAUGAUUUUGGUAUUAGGGAUGAAGACUGGGAUGUCUACAAAGUUAUUAAUAGGGAGGGCGGAGAUUCAGACUCAGAGAUAGAACAAGAACGGCUUUUAGAGCUUGAAGAAGUAUUGCGCCAACAUGAUCCAGAGUUUGAUGGUCCAGGCUCCCAUACUCCUGUAAUACCAGGUGAAACGCAUCAGUUACAUGUGGGAUUAGAACGAUUGCGUGCUCCAGAAAUACUUUUUCAACCUUCCAUGAUUGGAUCAGUAGAAGCAGGCAUUGCUGAAACGAUAGAAUUCGUAUUAAAACUUUAUUCACCUGAAUUACAAUCUCGACUUGUGAAUAAUGUGUUUCUAACGGGUAGCCCAGCGAAAUUCCCCGGAUUGCUUGAACGUUUACAUCGUGAACUUCAAGAGAUUAGACCGUUUAAAUCAAACUUUCGAAUUAGUAUUGCUAAAAAUGCUAGCUUAGAUAGUUGGUAUGGUGCUCGUGAUUUUGGACUGAGUGGUAAUCUACCAGAAUAUUUGGUGAGUCGAAAGGAGUAUGAGGAAAAAGGCGGUGAAUAUUUAAAAGAACAUUCAGCGAGUAAUAUUUACACAAAAUCGCCUGAUCCACUUCCGUUGAUACAGCCAACAGUAGCAGCAGAACAGAUUGUAGUUGAAGAUGCAGUCGUCGAUGUAGAAAUGGAAUAAUAAAUGAAUUUUUGUAUUUUUAAUAAAUUUUAAAAUCUAAGGAUAAAAAUAGAAA